AUGACAGAUAAAUUUAAGGCGGAACGAGACAAUAUUCAAGUUUCUAUUAGAAUAAAGUAAGCAUCCUUUUAUGAAUUAUCAAAGACCUUUAUUAGAAGAUGGAAGAUCAUGUAUUAAGUUGGAUUCCAAUUUAAAAAAUACAAUUAUUAUUGAGGGCAAUCAAUAAUAACAGCAAGACUAGAAAUAUUUCUAUUUUGAUUACGUAGCUUAACAAGACUCAACCUAAGAAGACAUAUUUAAUAUAGUUGGAAAAUAAUAAGCAAUCAAUUGUCUAGAUGGUUAUAAUGGAUGUGUGUUUGUCUAUGGAUAAACUGGAAGUGGUAAAACAUACACUAUGAUGGGUACAUAGAAGCAGCCAGGCUUAUUACCAAGAGUGAUUGAUUUUCUUUUUAAUUGCAUUUAGGAGGAUUCCUCAGAAUACGUAGAAUAUUUAGUCAAAUGCAGUUAUUUGGAAAUCUAUAAUGAACAUAUAAUAGAUCUUCUGAAUCCCUAGUUAGGAAACUUAUAAUUGAGAGAAGAUCUCAAAAAGGGAGUUUAUGUAGAAUAGUUAAGCGAAGAAGUUUGUACAAAUGUAGCUGAAUCAUUGGAAGUACUUCAGAGAGGUAGUCUUAAUAGACACAUAUCAUCUACCUAGAUGAACAUAGAAUCAUCAAGAUCACACAGUGUGUUUACUAUAUAACUUGAAUCAAGAAGAUAAUCAUCUCAGACUUAGGUCAUCAAUCAUAGAUUUUCAAGAUUUCAUUUUGUUGAUCUAGCUGGUAGUGAAAGGUAGAAGCAAUCUUAAGUUUAAGGAGAGAGGUUGAGAGAAGGUUGCAAUAUAAAUAAAAGUUUACACAUCUUGGGCAAUGUAAUCAAUUCUCUUGUUGAAGACAAUCAAUCCUACGUACAUUAUAGAGACUCCAAAUUGACUUUUCUACUCAAAGAUUCUUUGGGAGGCAAUUCAAGAACUCAUCUAAUAGCCAAUAUAUAAUAAUCCCAACAAUUCUAUCAAGAAACCUUGUCGACUCUUAUGUUUUCUAAAAGAGUUAAAUAAGUUAGAAAUAAAGCAAGAAUCAACGAAGAUGAAAGUGGAAAUUUAGAGAGUCUCAAGAAUGAAAUCAAAAGACUCAAAUAAGAACUUGCAAAAAGUGUUACUCAAUAACAAAAAUGGGAAUCACCUAAGAAGUUUGAAUAAAAAUAAUAAUAGUCCUAAAUUAAUGAACAAUGUAUUCAAUUUCAUAUUAUAAUCUAGUUUUACAAUCUUUGGAAUUGGAAAGCUUGAUGAUUAAUGAUUAAAAAUACAUUAAGCUCGAAGAAAUUUUGAAGUGCUAUUUAGAAUAAUCAACAGAAAGCGAAACUGCAUUGUUUUUAGAAAUUGAAAAAUAUUUGAAUGGAAUUAAAUAAUUAAAAGAAGGCUUCUAAUUAGGAUAAUAGUUAGAGCAAUAGUUAAAAUUUGUUAUUAAAUUACAGAAUGAAUAAAUAUAAAAAUUGAAAUUAAAUUAAUAAGCAGAUGAAAUACAAUAAUAGAUUUAAUAAUAAUUAGCAUAUGCUUUGCAAUGUCAAGGAUUAGUUAUGAAAACAUUUUACGAAAACUUAACUUUAAAAGAGCAGUAAGGAGCUACAUAAACAGUAUCCAAGGUUUAAGUGUAAGUCGAUACAAAUCUCAAUUUAUUAAAAGAAAUAGUUGAAACUGUUUAGGUAUAUUAUAUAUUUAUUUGAUAGAACUCUUUAAAUGAAAGAAGACUUUUUCAAUAGCAAAUAGAUACUUAAUUUAAUUCAUAAUAUGUCACUUUAGAUAAAUUUAAAGAACUUGAAACAUAAUCAGAAUAUAAAGAGAAGUUGUUAUCAGAAUAAACAUAAAAAUUAGUUUAAAUGGAAGAAUAAAUCAAGGAGGUUGAAAAAUAAAUUUUACAAAAAUUAGCUGAAAAUGGUAUUACAUUUAACGAAAACGAUUAAAUCAUUGACGUUAGAGAUAAGCAAAUAUUAGAUUUAAAAAGCAGAAUUAGUGAUCUUAAUUAAGAACUCAAAAAUUCAAAUUAAGAAUUAGAAGAGUUAUUAAAUAACUCAGAGUAGGUUAUUUAAUAAUUGAAAGUUGAAAAUUAAUAAAUAGUAGCUCAAAAAUAGGAAUUUGAAGUUAAUUACGAACAAUCACAAACAAAUAUCUAAUAGUUCUAAGAAGAUUUUAAGCAAUAGAUCUUGUAAUUUGAAGAAUAAAUUAUUUAAUUGAAGGAUUAAAAUUAAUUAUAAUCUCAUAAUUAUCAAUAGCUCAAUUAAUAAAAUUAAGAAUUCAAAUAAUAAAUUCAAAAUGAAAAAAAUUAAAAUACUUAGCUUGUUUAAGACUUAGCAGAAAAUGAAGAAAAACUAAGAGAAAUUAAUCAAAUAAUUGUUGACAAUGAUAUUACAAUUUAAGAACUAAAAUAAUAACUAUCUACUUAUGAAAGUAAUAUUACAUAAUUAAAAAAUGAUUUAAGUGAUUAAAAAACUAAACUUCAAUAAAAUCACAAAGUAAUUAAAGAAUUAGAAAUUGAAAAUUAAAAUCUAAAAUAAACAUGUUCCAAAUAUUAAAAUGAAUUAGGAAUAGUAUAAGACUAAUUAAAGUUAUCAGUAUCCAAACUAGAGAGUUCAGAAUUGGAAUUAUUUACUUAACUAUAAUAAGUAUAAAAAGAUAAUUAAUUGUUAUAAUAAGAGAAUUCACUCUUAUAUAAGACUAAGGAUGAAAUAAAAUAGGAAAGAGAUGGUUUAGUUCAAGAAUUAAAGUAAUAAAAUUAGGAACUUCUAAAUACUUAAUUAAAACUAAAAUAAACUGAAUAGAACUAUUAGGAAGAAAUGAUAGUAUUUUAAUAAAAUUAUUAAAUUUAAAAUUCAGACUUAGAGAAGAAUUACUAAGAUUAAAUCAAACAAUAAAAAAAGGAUUUUGAAUUGUUCUUAUAGCAACUAAGUGCAAAAAAAGAUUAUGAUUUAGGUAUAUUGAAUUAAGAAGUAAUAUAUUAUUUAUAACUUUUUAGAUCCAUUCAUUGACUUGCAUAAUCAAAGAAAAAGAAAAUUACAUUUCUGAAUUGUAGUCUUCAUAGGAAUUCUAAAUUAAUGUAAUUUAAUUUAUAUCCUUAAUAGUUGUUAAAUUAAAAAUUACAAAAUGAAACUUAAAGGGCUUAGCAUUUGGAGAGCAUUAUCGAAACAUAGAAAUUAGAGUUUGAAGAUAUUCAAAAGGAGCAGAUGUCCAGUGUAGACUUAUUGUAAAAGCAAUUAGAAAGUAAGCAGGCUGUAAUUCAAGAAACAUCGGAUCAUUAUAACCAAGUUCAUGAACUCUACAUCUCUUUGUAAGCUAGGUUGGAACAAAAGGACUAAGUUAAUUCCGAAUUAAAAAGAGAUUUGUUAUAGCAGAAGUCCAAAAUAGAGAGCUAGUCAAAGGAAAUACAAUAGUUAUAAUAAAAAAUGGUCUCAAUAGAGAAUGAGAACUAAUAAAGCAGAAACACAAUGGAAAUUUAAUAGUAAGGUAAAUUGUAAGAUAUGACAUAAAAAUUAUAAAUUAAGAUUAGAAUAAUCGAAUAAUUGACCAAUGAAAAAACAGCUUUAAAUGAUAAAAUAAAGGAGUUUGAAUGUGAAUCAAAUAAGUUAAAAUAAAUGAUAAAUCAAUUAGAACAGUAAUGUAAUGAAUGGUUAAAUAAAUCUAAUGCAUUAUAGUCUCAAAUUCAAUGUUUGAUGAAUACCGUAAAUGAAAAAGAUUCAGAAAUAGAAUUUAUGCAAUAAGAAUUGAAUAAAUAAAAUCAGAUUCUUGAUAAAAGUUCUGAAGUAUGGAAAAAGGAAACAAACUAAAUGGAAAUUGAUAAUAACAUCUUAAAAAUCUAAAUCAAUGAUAAGUAAAAGGAGAUACACAAACUUGAAUAGAGAUUAAAUGCUAGUUUAAAUGAUUUGCAAUAAAAAGAACAAUAGGUAGAUCAAUUAAAGUUAUAAUUAAAUCAUCUAAAUACAAAUUUAUAACAAUAAUUAGAAUUAACUUCUAAAGAUAAUUCCUAACUAAAAAAGGAAAUAUCAUAAUUAAAUCAACAUAUUGAUUCACAACAUGAGGAAAUAGAUUAGAUGAGAGUUGAAUUGGAUUAAAAAUAAUCUCAAGUCGAUGAAAACAAAUCAAUUGUUAAGAAAUUAACUAAGUAAUUAGAAGUAGAAAUUAAACAAUAUUCUCUGCAUUUAAAAAAAUAUGAAGAUUAACACAAAAAGGAAGUUUAAGAGUUAGUAGAUUAAUUGGAUAUUCACUAGAAGAAAUUAUAAUAGAAGGAUCAAUAAAUUGAAUAGUUAAAUAAAUAAGUUAAUGGAUUAUAAUGUGCAUUUGAAACCAAAGAAGAUGUAAAUCAAUAAACUCAAAAAGACAUUCAAUAGCUAAAGGAUAAAUUAAAGUCUGAUUAGACUAAGUUUACAGUAUAUAUUAUUAUUUAUUUUUAGAAAAUAAUCUAAGGUCUUGAGAAUGCCAACAUUCAAUUGAAAAAUCAAUUAGAAGAAAGUAGUUAUCAGAUUUAGGAAAAUGUGCAUAAAUAUCAAUCAAUCCAAAAAUAAAAUGAUUUAUAGAACAUACAAGUUAGUGAAUAAUAAGAGAAAUAUAAUCUCUUAAAGGAUCAAUUUACUAGACUAGAAUCUUAAAUGAAAUAAGAAUCCUAAAUAAGAGAACAAUAUAGUCAUAUUGCUGAGAAAGUUACAAAGGAAAACAAUGAAUUAAAAUAGAAGAUCGAUAAAAAAUAAUAAGUAAAAUUUAUCAUUAAUUCAAAGAUUAUUGUACAAUUAGAGUCAGCUCUCUUAUAAAAUGAAGAAACACUAAAAAAUGUACAUGAUAGAGCAAAGGAGUUUUGUAAGUAACAAGAGAAGGAAAUUAAUGAUAUCAAGGAUUAGUAUCUAAAAUUAGAGGCUGAACAUAAUGCUAUAUUAGUAAUUGUUAGAUUUAUCUUAAUAGUCCUAAAAUUAAGAACGAGAAGAUGAAAAUGAAUAAAUGAAAGACCAAAAAGAUCAAGCACUGAUGUAAAUGCACGCUUUAGAGGAUGAAAAUGGUUAAUUAAAGAAGGAACUACAAGAGCAACAUGAAAAAUUAACCAAAUCAAAUAAUGAAAGAUCUAUGCUCUAUAAGUAAAUCGAAGAAAUGCAAAAAGAUAUAGCCUAACUUGGAGGUCAUAAUAAUCCUUCAUAAAAGAUACGAUAUUUAAAUACAAUAAAGCAAGAAAAUUCUUGUUUGAAAUAAGAAAAGCUAUACUUAUCAGAAUAAUUACAGAAGGAAAUUGAAGAAAAAAAUAAACUGCUCUAGUAAUAAUAAUAGACUAGAAAAAACACUGAUUCAGAUAAUUAAUAUAAUACAUCUAAAUUAGAUAUGGUAUUUAUGUUUGAUUAUCAUAGCAAAAAUUGAUUGUUGAAAAUUAAAGACUCAAUAAUGAGAUGACUAAACUUAAUCAAAUUUUGAAUUUAAGUGGAGUUAAAAAUAGAUUUUCAACAAUCAAAGGCAGCGAUGGAGAUAAGAUCAUUUAAUCUGUGUAAUUACUUAUUUAAGAGUUGAUUGUAAGACUAAUUUAUAAUUUUAGGACUGCAAAUAAGAAAUUUAACAGAGGAAUAAAGAUUAAGAAGGAAAAAACCUUAAAUAUUAAACAAUGGAAAAAGAUUUAUUAGUUAUGAAACAAAAAUUCUAUGCUGUAUAAAAAGAUAAUCCGUUAAUCUAAACGAAAGCAUAAAGUCCUGCUGUGCAACAUGAUGUAUUGAGAGACAACAAUAGAAUUAAUAUUAAUUCGGGUAGUGUUUAAAGAUAGUCAAAACCAAAAGCUUAACAAACUUUCCAAUUUUAGUGA